CUGUCCAAAUCAUCUUUACCAAAAACCCCGUUUUCUUCCAUUCUUAUACUCUCUACUUUCGAGGCUCCGGCAAAUCCCAGUAACCAAGAACUGUUCUUCCCUUGCUUUCGUUUCGAUUUUCAAAACCAAGUUCGUACACACACACAAAGAGAUGGAAGACGAAGAAGAAAAACACAUUGAAAUGGAAGAAGAAGACGUAGAAAAGGCUUCUUCUGCUCCUUCUGAUGAUUCGUUUAUUAACGAUGAUGAUUCAGAUGAUCCUAUAAUGGAUGACGAUGAUGAUGACAAUCAACAAUCGCUUCCUGAGGAACCCUUAACUGAUAAGGAAAUUGAAGAGCUCAUUGCUGAGCUUUUAGAAACUGAGAGUAAGGCUGCAGAGGCUCAAGAGGCUUUAGAAGAAGAGUCAGUCUCUAAAGUGGAGACUGAUGUUAGAGAAGAGUUGUCACAAACUCUUAAAGGAGAUGAGUUGGAAAAUGCUGUAGCUGAUGAAAUGGCAACCUUCAAAGAGGAGUGGGAAACUGUUCUCGAUGAACUGGAGACUGAAAGUGCUCAUUUGUUGGAACAACUGGAUGGUGCUGGAAUUGAACUCCCUAGUCUCUAUAAGUGGAUAGAGAGUCAGGCUCCUCACGGUUGCUGCACUGAAGCAUGGAAAAAUAGGACUCAGUGGGUUGGUUCUGAGCUAACAAGCGACCUCACUGGAGCAAUUGCUGAUGCUGAGAAGUAUCUUCAAAUCCACAGACCUGUAAGAAGGAAACAUGGAAAAGUCUUGGAGGAGGGUGCCAGUGGUUUCUUGGCAAAAAAACUUGCUGGGAAUGAUGGCAGUGAGGCUCAGGGAGGGAGCAGCGGUGUAGAUUGGGGCUCUUUUAGCAAAUUAUGCUCUGAUAACUCUUCAUCAUCUAUGGGUACUACUUCAUUUGGCAGCAAAGAUUGGGCCUCUGUUUACCUCGCCAGUACACCACAGCAAGCUGCUGAGCUGGGACUAAAAUUUCCUGGAGUGGAUGAGGUUGAGGAGAUUGAUGAUAUUGAAGACAGUUCUGGUGAUCCGUUUGUUGCGGAUGCCAUUGCAAAUGAAAGAGAGUUAAAUCUUUCUGAAGAGCAGAAGAGGAAGUUUAAGAAGGUUAAAGAGGAAGAUGAUCUAAAAACUGAUCUGAAGCUUAGGAGAUGUUUAAAACAGAGAAGACACAAGAACAGACAGAAAUUGGAGGAGAUACAGGAAGAUACAACAGAUGACACUAAUGGUUAUUUAUCUCAAGAUUUUGGCUUCGACACGAAAGAGUAUUCCACCGUUGAUGAUGGGGAUGCGGCAAAAAGCAAUGAAGUUACAUCGGUUAUUGAUGCCACAGUUUCAAAACAUGAAAUUGAUGCUGAGGCCAAAGGGUUGAAACGUUUACACAACUCCGAAGAAAUGGAGCCUCAAAGUAAAAAGGCUCGGAUCAUUACACCAGAUAGUGAUGAGGAAGAUCUUCCUGGGAAAAUGUUGUCUCCUACAUGUAGUUUGAGCGAGACAGAAGAUCAAUCAAAUCCACAAAGGGAUGGAGAUAAUGUGCUUCCAGUUAGUUCCCUUCCUGUAUGCAAUGAGAAGCAAAAUUUUCGCUGCACUGCUUGUGAUAAAGUGGCUAUUGAAGUCCAUGCACAUCCUCUUUUGAGCGUUGUACUUUGCCUGGACUGCAAAACUUCAAUGAAAACAAAGAUGCAGGAUGUUGAUUGCUCAGAGUGCUACUGCAGAUGGUGUGGGCGUUGCAGUGAUCUGUUAAGUUGUAAAUCAUGCAAAAGGUUAUUUUGUAGUGUGUGUAUAAGGAGGAACCUUGGUGAAGAAAUUUUAUCAGGAAUUAAAACAUCUGGUUGGCAAUGCUGCUGUUGCUCCCCAAGUAUCCUGCAUCCGUUGGUUUCAGUGUUGGAGAAGAUCAUGGAAUCUCAAGGUUUGGUAGAUUCAAAUACAGACACGGAUUCAGAUAACUCAGAUGCUUCAGAUGCUGAUAUCAACGGGCAUAAAAGCACCAAGAGAAGGCCUAAAAAGAAAAUUAGAAGAAUCCUGGAUGAUACUGAGUUAGGGGAGGAGACAAAAAGGAAGAUUGCAAUUGAAAAGGAACGCCAAGAACGCCUCAAAUCUUUGGGAGCAAAAUUUUCAAGCAAGACUAUGUUCAUGGAUUCUGGGGGUUGUAGCAAAAGCUCGUAUGAAACUGGUAGCUUGGAAAUGCUUGGUGAUAUUGAAACUGGUUACAUAGUUAAUGUGGUGAGGGAGGAGGGGGAAGAGGCUGUCAGGAUUCCACGCAGCAUCUCAGCAAAACUAAAAUCUCACCAGGUUGCUGGGAUUCGAUUUAUGUGGGAAAAUAUUAUUCAAUCUAUCAGGAAAGUCAAGGCUGGGGAUAAAGGUCUUGGUUGCAUCCUAGCUCAUACUAUGGGUCUAGGUAAAACGUUUCAGGUGAUUUCUUUUUUGUAUGCUGCUAUGAGAAGUGUGGAUUUAGGAUUGAAAACUGCUCUCAUAGUCACGCCUGUAAGUGUUCUGCAUAACUGGCGGCAGGAAUUUAUAAAAUGGGAACCAUCAGAAAUGAAGCCUCUCCGUGUCUUUAUGCUUGAAGAUGUUCCAAGGGAGAGAAGGGCCGAGCUACUCCAAAAAUGGAGAUUAAAAGGUGGCGUUUUCUUAAUUGGCUACACUGCUUUCAGAAAUUUGACACUGGGGAAGAAUAUAAAGGAGCGUCACGUGGCCAGAGAAAUUUGUCAGGUCCUUCAGGACGGACCCGACAUACUUGUUUGUGAUGAGGCUCAUAUUAUCAAGAAUACCAGAGCUGAUGUUACUCAAGCCUUGAAACAAGUUAAGUGCCAGAGAAGGAUUGCAUUAACUGGAUCUCCUCUUCAAAACAAUUUGAUGGAGUACUAUUGUAUGGUUGAUUUUGUGAGAGAAGGAUUUCUUGGCAGCAGUCAUGAAUUUAGAAACCGCUUCCAGAAUCCAAUAGAAAAUGGUCAACACACCAAUUCUACAGCUGAUGAUGUUAAGAUUAUGAAUCAGCGAUCUCAUAUUCUCUAUGAACACUUAAAAGGAUUUGUUCAAAGAAUGGACAUGAAUGUCGUGAAGAUGGAUUUGCCACCAAAAACUGUCUACGUGAUGUCUGUAAAGCUUUCUUCUUUACAGAGAAAAUUGUAUAAAAGAUUUCUAGAUGUUCAUGGCUUCACCAAGGAAAAGGUUUCUGGUGAGAAGAUAAUGAAGAGAUCCUUUUUUGCCGGGUACCAAGCCUUGGCUCAGAUAUGGAACCAUCCUGGGAUUUUGCAAUUGAUGCGAGAAAACAGAACCUGUAGUCGUCCUGAAGAUCCUGUUGAGAUCCUUCUUGCUGAUGAUUGCUCAAGUGAUGAGAACACAGAUUAUAAUGUGGUUCCUGGAGUUUCUGCAGAGAAGCCGAAUAGCAACAAUGAAGCUCUCAAAAAAAAUCAUAAUGGCUUCCUCCAUGGGGAUUGGUGGAGUGAUCUUCUAGAAAAUAAUUGCAAAGAAGUUGAUUAUAGUGGCAAAAUGGUUUUGCUACUCGACAUCCUGACAAUGAGCUCUAAUGUUGGUGACAAAGCACUAGUGUUUAGUCAGAGCUUGUCAACCCUAGAUCUCAUUGAACAAUAUCUUUCAAAACUAACGCGCCCAGGGAAAAAGGGGAAGUACUGGAAACGGCGGAAAGACUGGUACAGGAUUGAUGGAAGAACAGAAUCAUCUGAAAGGCAGAGACUUGUUGACUGUUUUAACAGUCCAUUGAAUAGAAGGGUUAAAUGCGUACUGAUAUCUACUAGAGCUGGAUCUCUUGGUAUCAAUCUUUAUGCUGCCAACCGUGUAAUUAUAGUUGAUGGCUCUUGGAAUCCAACUCAUGAUCUUCAAGCUAUAUACCGAGCUUGGAGGUAUGGUCAAACGAAACCUGUUUUUGCUUACCGUUUACUGGCACAUGGAACAAUGGAGGAAAAGAUAUACAAGCGUCAGGUAACAAAGGAAGGUCUUGCAGCACGGGUGGUUGAUAGGCAACAAGUACAUAGAACUAUAUCUAAAGAGGAAAUGUUGCAUCUUUUUGAAUUUGGAGAUGAUGAAAGCUGUGAUAUACCUCUGGAAUUGAAGCAAGUUAGAGAACAUGCUGGUGAAGCAAACGCAAAUGUAGAUGUUGGAAGUGUUCUGAAACAAAAACUAACCCUUCCAAAUGGAAGCUCUUCUUCUGACAAGCUAAUGCAAAGUUUGAUCGAAAGGCAUCAUCCACGGUGGAUUGCGAAUUAUCAUGAACAUGAAAGUCUCCUGCAAGAGAAUGAAGAUGAAAAACUAUCAAAAGAAGAGCAGGAAAUGGCGUGGGAAGUGUACCGCAGAUCUAUUGAAUGGGAAGAGAGGCGAGUUUCGCCUGAUGAACCUGUUGCGCAGCAGCGUGUCUCUACCACUGAAUCAUUGUCAAAGCAAAAGCCAGUGAUUCCCAGGGCCACCAUUUUUCCGCCAGAGGACAGUAAUCUUGUAUUUUCAGUGGGGAGCUCAAGAUGCCGUUUGGUGCAUAGGAAGUGCACAAAGCUAUCACAUUUGCUUACACUUAGAAGUCAAGGCACAAAGUGGGGCUGCAGCACUGUUUGCGGGGAGUGUGCUCAAGAGAUAAGGUGGGAGGGAGUUAACAAGGAUGGUAGAUCAACAAAGUGAUGCCAUCCAUGUAUUUAUAUUAUAGUACAGUUCCUUUUGGGGUGAUUCAAUAUACUGCGAGGGACUUGGUAAACAUUCAGUUUUAGGUUUCAGCCAUGACUUGAGAAACAAUAUACUCGUUUUGGGGUAGGGUAGAUGGAAAUGCUCUUCUGAGACUUGGCUCUUUGUAAAGUGAAACUCUUGUCAUCAGUUGUAUUUUGAAAUACAGAGGAGGAAUAUCUCGUUUGUCUGAACUAGCUUAACUGCUAUAUCAUAUUGCAAAAAAGGAAAAUCCCUCUUUUUUCUGCUA